AUGACGAGCCAGCGGCUGUCGUUGCGGCAGCCAAGACUGCCAUGGCGUGCGACUUCGUCCUUCGUCAUGGGCGUCACGGGCAUGCUGUCGAGGGGCUUUUUAUACGGUCUAAAUACGGUUGAAGUCACCGGCCUGCAGAGGUUUCUAGAUAUUCUAGACAAAAGAAAGGAUCCCGAGAAGAGAGAGAGGGGUCUCAUAACGGUCUGUAAUCAUAUCAGCGUGAUGGACGAUCCCCUCAUAUGGGGAGUACUGCCCUUGCGCUAUCUUUUCAACCCAUCGAACAUGAGAUGGGGCCUCGGUGCUCACGACAUAUGUUUCAAGAACCAGGCGCUUUCGACUUUCUUUAGCCUCGGCCAAGUCCUACCAACUCAUCGACUACUCUACUCCCCUCACGGCGGUGUCUUUCAACCCACAAUUCCCGAAGCCAUCCGGCUACUCUCAUCGCAGCCCUUCUCUACCCCUAAGGCACAGGAAACCACAUCGCCAACGGCCUCCUCUGCUUCAAUCCCGGACCCAUUCACCUCAGGCGGCCUCACCUACACCACCACGGGCACUGACUCCCACCCGGCGCCCUCCAUCUACGCCCGCAACCGUCACAGCUGGGUGCACGUCUUCCCAGAAGGCUGCACGCAUCAAGACCCUCGCAAGUCCCUCCGCUACUUCAAAUGGGGUCUGUCGCGGCUGAUCCUCGAGAGCGAGCCCAUGCCCGACGUGCUGCCCAUGUUCAUCGACGGCACGCACGACAUGAUGUCCGAAGAUCGCGGUUUCCCACGCUUCGUGCCCCGCGCCGGCGCCAAACUGCGUGUCGCCUUUGGCGAACUCCUCGACGCCGAGCGGGCUUUUGGCGACCUGCGCGCGCGGUGGCGGGAGCUGGUCCGGAGAGAGGAGAAGAUGAUGAGCAGCAGUGCGCAGGUGGUCAGGGGUGAGCUGAGCGAUGAGUUGAAGUAUGGGAAGGAGGCGGUGGAGUUGCGGGUCGAGGUUGCAGUGAGGGUCAGGAGUGAGAUGGAGAAAUUGAGGGUCAGUUUAGGGUAUCCCGAGGAUGACCCUCAGUUGGGACUGGCCGAGACUUGGGCUAAGGAGCCGGCAGAAAAGGGGUUCAGGAGUAAUGUUGAUGGUAGUUUGGUCAAAAAGGAGUGA